CCAAAGAAAAAGUCGCUAUUCCGGGAAAAUGGCGGCGUUGAGGUUUGCAGGUGACGUGGAAGUGGGUUUAGAGUCGGUGUUUCCGCAGGAACUGGAGUUGUUUGCUGAUGCUUUUCCUGUGCAGACCCGGUACCGGCUCUGUGGACACGAGCUGAGCAUCACGCAGUACCACGGGGCGCGGCUGGGAGUGGCUGCUCCGGUCUGGGAGGCGGUGAGCGCAAGUCCCGACCCGGGACGGUCGAGAUUUGUUAAGCCCGAAACUAGGACUGCUGGUUCAAGCGGAGCGUAUACGCACGCUCUAGCUCUCUGUGAAUAUUUUGAAGCAAAGAAGGUGAACUUUCAGGGCAAGGAAGUUAUAGAGCUGGGUGCUGGGACAGGUGUUGUGGGCAUCCUCGCAUCGCUUCUUGGAGGUAACGUGACCAUCACAGAUCUUCCUGUAGCCUUGAAACAGAUAGAGGAGAAUGUCCAUCAGAAUUUGCCUGUACAAUGUAUGGCACAAACCAGGGUUUGUGCUCUAUCAUGGGGUCUGGACCACAAGGACUUUCCUCAAAAUUAUGACCUCAUUUUGGGUGCAGAUAUUGUCUAUCUCAAGAACACUUACCCCCUCCUGAUAAGGACUCUCCAGCAUUUAUGUGGUGCUCAAUCUACUAUCUACCUGUCUUCGAAAAUGAGAGAAGAACAUAGUACAGUGCUGUUUUUUGAGACUCUGCUUCCUGUGCACUUUGUCACCAAACUCGCCUUUAGGAAUGAGGCUGAGAAUAUUAACAUCUACAAAGUGACAAGCAAGAAUAACAUUGGUGAAUGACUGUCUUUUUUUGGUAUAAACAGUGC